CUCACCAUGAGCGAGGACUCAUGCCGCACCCGGAGCCAGAAGCGCGCCCUGGAGCGGGAAUCGGAGCCGGAAAAUAAAAAACUCAGGAUGGACAAAGGAAUUUUGGGAUCUGACCUCAACUCUGAGGGGGACAUGAAAAUCAAAACUGAUCCAGCAACUGGGAAAAUCCCAGGAAUGUUGAAAAGUGGGGAGGUCAAAGCCACCAUCAAAGUGGAGCUGCCGGCUGGGGACGAGCCCGUGGACAUGAGCACGUCCAAAGGGGAUUCCCGGCGGGACCGUGACCGUGACCGUGACCGCGACCGUGACCGCGAGCGCCGCGUGCCCUCCCCGGACGUGAUCGUUCUGUCGGACAACGAGCCCUCGAGCCCGCGCGUGAACGGCCUGUCCCGGAUCCCCCUGCCCGAGCCGGGGUCAGAGGCACUGCUGCGGAGCCCCGAGCAGCGCGAGCGCCUGAUCAAGCAGCUGCAGGAGGAGCUGAGGCUGGAGGAGGCCAAGCUGGUCCUGCUGAAAAAACUGCGCCAGAGCCAGAGCCAGAAGGAGACCCCGGCGCCCAAGCUUUCCUCGGGUCCCUCUGGAAGCGCUGCGGCCACGCCCCCGCCCUUGGUGCGGGGCCCCCAGGCUGUUCCCGCUGGGAAAACCUCCCUCCAGCCCUCCUCCAGCCGCCUCCCGGGCUCGGGGAUCCCUCCCCCCCUGCUGAGGGGGGGCCAGGCAGCCUCAGCCAAGCUGGGGUCCCAGCAGAGCCCCCAGAUCGUCAUGCCCCCCCUGGUCAGAGGGGCCCAGCAAAUCCACACCAUCCGGCAGCACUCGAGCACGGGCCCGCCCCCGCUGCUGCUGGCGCCGCGCGCCUCCGUGCCCUCGGUGCAGAUCCAGGGCCAGAGGAUCAUCCAGCAGGGCCUGAUCCGCGUGGCCAACGUGCCCAACGCCAGCCUGCUGGUCAACAUCCCCCAGGCAUCCCCCACGUCCCUGAAGGGCUCGGCAGUGUCCUCAGCCCAGGCUGGCAGUGCCCCUGCAGGUGCCACCUCCCUGGCUGGCUCUGGCGAGGCCCCUGGCAGCCGCCAGGCCGCCGCCAAGCUGGCGCUGCGCAAGCAGCUGGAGAAGACGCUGCUGGAGAUCCCCCCGCCCAAACCGCCCGCCCCGGAGAUGAACUUCCUGCCCAGCGCCGCCAACAACGAGUUCAUCUACCUGGUGGGGCUGGAGGAGGUGGUGCAGAACCUGCUGGAGAGCCAAGGUGGGCACGGGGAGGGCUGGGGUCGCUGA